AUGCUUUCUGUGCUUCUGCCUGUAGUAUGGCCUGAAUAUCCUGAUCGGCUGUUGCUGACUGGAUUGAGCUCACCAGAGUUCGGCAUAUCCCCUGUCAUGAUGGGGGAAGCAAAGGCUCCUCCAAGUCCCUCCAGUUCUGUUGCUAGCAGUUCACAGGAUUUGGUCGAAGAUCAGCCAUUCACGCGCGCCGACAUCAUCACCCUUCAGGAUCCCCAGAACAUGAGGCGCGCAAGGCCGGAAACAUCAACACCGGUGCAUUGGGCAGCUCUUGUUGAUGCCGCCGCCGCCUUCUCUCGCCUUGCGCGCCCAUUCCACCCCAGCUUUGGCCUUGAGCACCUUGUCGCCCAUGCCCGGGACAGAAAGAUUACCGCAAACGCCGCCGCAUACACUGGCAAGGCCGCCGCCAGCUUCACUAGCACUGGCUUGACCCUUGAAACAAGCGGUGGAAGCGCGCUCCUCACAGACGAUGAGUUUAUGCUCAAGCCGCGCUGGGCCAUUAUCAUCUCCAUCCUGCCCUACACUAUUGGUGCCGCGCUGGAGGCUGGCUCCAUCAACUUUGGCAACCUCGUAUCUCUUUACCAGUUUAAUAUUACGCUCGGCGAAGUCCUCAGUUGCGCCAUAGCAGCCAUCUCCCUCAAGGUUCCUGUCAACUGGCGUUUUAUCCCAGGCUCAUCGCUUCUUUUCUCUAUUAUUAUGUUUAUUAGUAUGCUGUUUCUGCCAGAGAGUCCUCGCUGGCAGAUGCAAAAGGACAGAAUUUUAGAUUCCUACGUCUGGAAGCGCAUCCGCGGCGCAGAGUCCAGGUCUCCCGAGUCCUGCGAGGAGUUUUGCAUCAUGGCCAAUUCCGUUCAGCAGGGGAACAGAGCCAUCCGCGAAGGCGCAAAGAAUCACGCUUCCCUCCUUCUCGUGAGCAAAGCGGUCAAGAGAGAAAUCACAACUACACUUCGCAGGCGUGUACAUUCACCUUUCAAACAAGCAAGAAGCUUCUUGCCUGUUAGCAUGCGGCAGCAAUUCUUGGGACUUCCGCCCCUUUGUUUGGUUGCUGCCGUUACAGUCUCGGAUAUUUAUCCUCUCCCUCGUCAAGAGGAGCUGAUUGCAGCGCUCAAGGUCGACCCUGAUCACCAUGAGAAAUUGACCUUGGUUAUUCAUCAAGGAUUAGAGACCACUAAUGUUGUCCUCAUGGGUUUCCGUCACUCACCCCCAUAUGUUCAGAGAUAG